AUGGAGGGUGAGUGCCAGUGUGAAGGCGUCAAUAAGGAUUUCCCUGCUGGGAGUGUCAUGAGGAAGUUCGAAAAAGCCACUUUCCCAGUCGCGGGACGUGCCUAUCGCUUGAAGAAAAUCCUCUGGGAGCGUUACAACAACAAUUACCACCAGCGCAGGGCCGUGUUUGAAGCUGAGGACUGCGAGACUAAGGAUCCUGUCGUCAUCAAGUUCUUCCUGGAGGCAGAUCCAUUCAUGAGAGAGGAACAGAGUGGCAAGCGAUCUAUGAAAAACAAUGCGGCUGAGCUGUUCCGCAACGAGUGCAAGAUCUGGAGAACCCUGUCAGACACGGGCUAUACACCCAAGUACUACGGCAAGAGGGAGAUGCAUCAGGACCUGACCUUUGAGAACCCCGGCGGAUACCUAUGGAUUCUAGUUCUAGGACACUACCCGACCUUCAGUCUGGCUGACGCGCCUCUAUUCCUGAAUGCUGAUGAGCUUCCGCGCAUCAAGAAACAGAUGCUUGAUAUGGCUGUUAAAUUCAACAAUCACGGUCUUAAUUUUGUUGGCGUUUCGUUUCUCAAGUUUGAUCCGGAGACUCGGAGAGUGUACGCCACGGACAUUGAAUACUUCAGCGAGACCGAGGUUCGCGAUGACCCCUUAGCGGCAAAGAAUUCAGCAGCGCAUUGGGUUAGUGUCGUGAUGGAUGCCCUCACAGCUGGUGUAGAAGAGAUCAGGGGGCUUUCGCCGAUGGACGUAUAUAUCGGCUUUGGGAGCGACAGUGACUGA